UUAUUCUGCAUUCUCAAACUACUCAACCUCUUGCGAGUCAACAACGAGUCAGUCGACUAUUUCGCGACACUCAGUGCAACAAAUGGAUUUGCAAACGUGCCCGGUGGAAAUUUUAGAGCAAAUUUUCAACAACUUGUUCAAGUUGGACGACCUGCUCAACGCCGCACUCGUGUGCCGCCGCUGGAAUCUCGCUGCGGAGCGGCUGAUCUUGCAGCGAUCGCAAGUUCCGAUCUUCGCAGGGCAAAGCCCGUGUGCGCUAGCUGACGUCACUCGGAAUUACCGCGCCGUACGGAUUUACUACAGAGAUGAUCGGUGGGACGAGUUGUGUUCGCUGUUGGAUGUCUGCCGGGAAAAGUUUCAUCCUCGUGCGGUUGUGAUCUACGGAAUUCUGGCAGAUCACUUGAACCGGCUUUACGUAGCUUACCGUGAGUGGUUGGAGACUGUUGAGGAAAUGGUAAUUUUUAUGGACGAUCGCAUCUGUCAGAACUUGGACAGCGGACCUGAGAGAUUCACCUUCCAAUUGCCCAAUUUGAAGCGAUUGCGAUGGUCUGAAUAUUUGUACCAAACUGGUGAAAAGACAGUGAUUAUCGAUGCACCAAACUUGAGGAAGCUCACAUUGAAAAAUAGUUUGGACUCAACCACCGGUCUGGUAUUCCUAGACUGCUCGAGCUUGCAAGAGUUGAAAUGCACAUUUUAUACCAGACAGCUAUCGGAUGUAUUUGACGGUGCCUUUCCUGAGUUGAAAACGCUUUAUCUGGACUCGUCACUGAUCGCAGAAGAUGUAGAGCUGCUCCAACGAAUGCCCCAACUCGCGAAACUCGUUUUACACAUCAAUUUUCCAGAAGACUCGGCCGAUCGUUUAUCGUCAGAACUGUGCUCCGUCAUAGCUGAUUGUCGAAUGCUAGAGCAUCUACAGCUGACUUCCACAACAUCCAUGCCUUGUAAGAUAAAUUUGACCAAUCUGAUCAAACCACUCGUCAACCUGCAACAUUUGAACCUCGAGAAAGUCACUGUCGCAGAUGAAAAUACCACGUGGGUAUGUCCUGUGCUGAAAUCCAUGACAUUGGAAAAUUUCGCCUUUAUAGACAACACAGCAAAAAUCCAAUUAGAAGCCCCAAUGCUGGACUCCCUCUCAAUAUCUGCAGCAAACUUGAGCCAGCUAUUCACCUCCAACGAGAGCCAUCUACGCGAAUUAAACGUAGAUCAGGAUACGCUCAGCUUGCGCGAAGCAUUCGAAACGCACCUGGUUCCCUUUCUGGAUCGUUCCGGUCAUAAUGUCAAGAAACUGGUGCUGGCCAAGCUGACCUACUUUGAGACGGACCCUUAUGACUGCUUUACAUCGUGCAAGUCGCUUCACAUUGAGACGUUGUGCUUUCACAGCAUCGGGUGCAGUUUGGAUUGUCUUGAGCAACUUGCCGGGUGGAGCAACCUCAAGGAGCUUUCAAUAAUCAACUGUUGUAUUGGGACUGGAGGUGUGCACAACACGGUUACACUGGCAAAUCUUAAGCGGUUACAUAUUGUCAACGUACAGUUGAGUGAUGAAAGUUGCACAGAAUUUCCAAUCAUUGGUCCCAAUAGUGAGACGAUACGAGCGCAAGAGGAAGAGGACGGUGCACUUCAUUUUAGAAAUUGUUGGAACCAUUGAAUGUAAUACAAUUCAGCUUAGUUCGCAUCUUCGGUAGAGAUCAUUUGAAAAUUUAGUUUAACACAAUCAUGUAUUGUAUUUUUAUUAAAAACAAUUAUUUUUUGUACUUUUUUAUUUGGCUCAAACUUUUUGGGGGCCUUUUUA